GCAAACGCCCUCGCAGCAGCCAAUCGGAGGGCAGACUAAAACUUAGCCCACGUCCUCGGACUCGGUCUACAUCCAUUUGUCCUACUGGUCGGGUCCACGUGUUUCGUCACGGAAAAAACGCAGUCUUUGUCGGAAGUUGCUCACUCCGCAUCGUAGUCGUGAUUGCGGGUGUACAUCGGGGCUGUCUGGGAUUUUUUUCUUCUUCUUCUUCUUUUGCGGGUUUCUGUGGACAUUUACAUCAUAAGGGUGAGCCAUGCCGUCAGUUCCUUCAACCAAGGAGGCCACCGCCAAGGGCCCCGUGUGCCCCCACGCUGCCAAGCUGCUCAGCCACGCCAACGGGGACGGCAAACUGCGGGAGGGUUCGCUACCACUGAACGGUGUUGACAAGCUGCCGGCGGUGGACACUGAAGACGUAAACAGAACCAUUCAGAUCAACACAAAGACCGUUGCCGCGGAGAGGAAAUGGAUCCGGCCCGACCUUCCCAGCCGCUGCACAUGGAGCCUGGGGGCCUCGAAAGACAACUCUCCUCAUACGCAAGUUCCAAGGACACUUGCUCCAACCAUUCUCCCAAACAUCCUGCACAGGAUCGGUGACACCCCCUUGGUUCGCAUCAACAAGAUCCCCAAAAUGUUUGGACUCAAAUGUGAAAUGUUGGGCAAGUGUGAGUACUUCAAUGCUGGCGGGAGUGUCAAGGACAGGAUCAGCCUGCGGAUGGUGGAGGACGCUGAGAGAGCUGGGCUGCUCAAGCCUGGAGACACUAUCAUAGAGCCCACCUCUGGAAACACUGGUAAUUAACUGCAUGUGUGUGUGUAUGUGGGUUGGUUGGCUGCAGCUGUGAAAGGCUACCGCUGCAUCAUCGUCAUGCCUGAGAAGAUGAGCAUGGAGAAGGUGGAUGUUUUGAGAGCUCUUGGAGCCGAGAUCGUCCGCACGCCCACCAGCGCUCGCUUCGAUUCGCCAGAGUCUCACGUGGGCGUAGCCUGGCGCCUUAAAAACGAGAUCCCCAACUCUCACAUCCUGGACCAGUACCGCAACCCGAGCAACCCUCUGGCUCACUACGACACCACAGCUGAGGAGAUCCUGGAGCAGUGUGACGGUAAAGUGGACAUGCUGGUGGCCGGAGCCGGCACCGGGGGGACAAUCACAGGCAUCGCCCGCAAACUCAAAGAACGAUGCCCCAACAUCAAGAUUGUCGGUGUUGACCCAGAAGGAUCGAUCCUGGCUGAGCCCGAGGAGCUUAACAAGACGGAUAAGACCCAGUACGAGGUGGAGGGCAUCGGCUACGACUUCAUCCCCACCGUGCUCGACAGAUCAGUAAUUGAUACCUGGUACAAGUCAGACGACGAGGAGUCCUUCAACAUGUCUCGCAUGCUGAUCCGAGAGGAGGGCCUGCUGUGCGGAGGCAGCUCCGGGACGGCCAUGGCGGCGGCAGUACAUGUCGCCAAAGAGCUGAAGGAGGGUCAACGCUGUGUGGUGAUCCUGCCGGACUCCAUCCGCAACUACAUGUCCAAGUUCGAGGGCAGGUGGAGGUCCAAAAGGGGCUUUAAAGUGGGGAGGCCCUUUGGUGAAAAACCCAUGGAAUGCCCUGGACCCUUUUUUGGGUGCAUUGUGUUUGAUUGCAAUGUCACUUGGUGUCGAAACGGGUUUAACCCGGGCAUGGUGCCCUUGGGGAAAUAUUUUGGGCCCGGUAUUUUGGCGGGGAAGAUAAAGGGUGCGGCCCCGGGUCAGCAAAGUGCUUACAAGCAUUUCAAACAGGUCCGUCUGACUGAUAACUUGGGAAAGUUAUCUCGCAUUCUCGAGACGGACCACUUUGCCCUGGUGGUGCAUGAACAGAUCCAAUACUUGACGGACGGCUCCCCUAGCCUGAAGCAGAUGGUCUUUGGCGUGGUGACGGCCGUUGACCUGCUCAACUUUGUCACGAGCCGGGAAAGGAGAGAGCGGUCCCUGUCGGAGUCCACCGACGAGAUGAACUAAACUGAACU